GUUGAGCCAACUUGUGUUGGAAACUUGGAGAUUCCGGAGCUGUGCUCGUGCUUUCCAUAGCGCGUUCACUGGUGACGUAAUUUUUUUCGGACUGACCUGACCGCACAGGUCACGUGACGCGACUGACCUGCGCGGACAUUAAUAUGAGUUAAUAUCACAUGACGGGACUUACCCGAGCGUAAGCUUGUUUGAGGGGCGCCGAAAGACGAACGACGGCGCAGACGUCUUCUCCUAACCUGCAACACAACGACAACACACGUGAUCGAUGAGCGUAUCGAUCCGCGAUGACGGGAAGCGUACUGGACUUUACCGAUCGAGGACGAUAUCCGUUACGUAAUCUUUUCCCGAUUUCCGCUUGCCGCUGAAAAUCAAAAGGAGUUUCGGUUCCGAAUGGAGGCUUUGCUUUCGGUCCGACGGAUCCAUCCCAGCUGAGGAAUCCAUCACACAUGUGACGACUGUUCGCUGAUCGGUCAGCUCGUCAGUUUCUGCUUCACGUCCGACUUCCGGAGAGGCGCCGGAACUGACCGGGGGCACUUUAAAGCGCACGCUGACGUCCGGGUCAAAGUUGAGCAGCUCUCGUCAACAUGGCGUCGUGGGGUCUUCGGAGGAAAACUUUCCAAACUUUUGUGGCGUCGUGUUUUCACAGCUCGCCAGCUGCCGCUCAGCAGCCUCCUCUUCCUCACUCGCGCUUCUUCCCGCCGCUGGAGGCGGCCAUGCUGCCGCCCGGAACCUUCCUGGGGCGGGUGGCGUUCGUCACGGGGGGUGGGACCGGACUGGGCCGCGCCAUGACUGCCACCCUCUCCCACCUGGGGGCUGAGUGCGUCAUCGCCAGCAGGAAGUUGGAGGUCCUGCAACAGACGGCAGACGAGAUCACCAGUCAGACUGGAAACAAGGUCCACGCAAUCCAGCUUGAUGUCAGAGAUCCUCAGGCUGUUAUGCAUUGCGUAGAACACAUGGAAAGUCUCACAGGCUUACCUGAUGUGAUCGUCAACAAUGCGGCGGGAAACUUUGUGUGUCCGUCGGAAAAUUUGUCGGCCAACGCGUGGAAGAGCAUCACCGACAUCGUCCUGAACGGCACCGCCUUCGUCACGCUGGAGCUUGGAAAGCGGCUGGUCCGCAACCAGAAAGGUGCAGCCUUCCUGGCCAUCACGACCAUCUACGCCGAGUCGGGCUCCGGGUUUGUGGUUCCCAGCGCUGCCGCCAAGGCAGGCGUCGAGGCGCUCUACAAGUCUUUGGCGGGUGAGUGGGGACGCUAUGGACUCAGGUUCAACAUCAUCCAGCCUGGACCCAUCAGAACCAAGGGGGCCUUCAGCCGCUUGGACCCGACGGGACAAUUUGAAGCAGGAAUGCUGAAUCGGAUCCCGACGGGCCGACUGGGCCGAGCAUCUGAGAUGGCAAACUUGGCGUCGUACAUGUGCAGCGACUACGCCAGCUGGAUUUCGGGGGCUGUGGUCCGCUUCGAUGGGGGCGAGUAUGUGAUGAUGGCGGGAGAAUUCAACGAGCUUCGCAAGGUCACAGGUGAUCAGUGGAAGAUGAUGGAGAAGAUGAUCCGAAGCACCAAAGGAUCCUAAAGACGUGCCCACUCAGUGAUGUCAUCAAACUGAGCCGCUCCAUCCAACUAUGUUGCCAUAAUAUAUAGACUCAACUGUAGUACAACACGUGUACAAGAAUGUUUUUGUAUGCUAGUAUUCACAGACUACUACCUUUACAUACGUCAGAUACUCUUUUCUAUGUGCUGUAAUCCCCUGCUAUAUGAGAUUUGUUUGUGCGUGUUAUUAAAGUUGUUACGAUUUGUACUAUUUGUACAAUAUGUUUGUAUAAUCCACUGUUUUACGAUCAGGCGGCACCCUAACCUAACCUCUAACCCUAACCCAUGUCAAGUGUACGACUCCUGAAGCAGAAUCGCCAGGCAACUGAUGAUCUUUUCCGGCCCCUAACCUUGACCGCCGCGAGUGAUCUGCCGGCACCCGCUGUCCUGACUGUGGCGUAGGCGGCAAGGAUUAGCUGUUUUGCGUUUCCUUACUGUGCAUUUUUUUUCCGAAGCGGUGUCACUUGCAUUGCUCCUCCACUGGCCUGCUGUGCUAAUGAAAGAGCCUAUAAUUCUGUCAUUUUGUCAUAAACAGUGUCUACACGUUGCUUGUAUGCAGCAGAGUACAGCCAUCUUUUAGAAACAACACGAUCGAAACCGCCUUCACACUGAAAUGAGACUUUUCGGGGACAUCUUGUUUCUACGCCACGCAACCUUCAAUGACACCAUAAGCCGGUGUGCAGAAAUCUUGGACGUUGAACAGAAAAGAAAAACAUUGAAUGUAUUUGUGUGUUGAGCUGUUAAUAAUACUACUGAUAAUGAUGUGCACAUGCAAGGUGCUCAAGUGGUUUUUACUUUGUUUGGCUUGUCGUGACCUCAACUAAAGAGGUCACGGGGGUGGUUCAUGAUCAGCUGACUCUAGAUGUAAUGCACCAAUGUGAAUGUUUGCUUUGCCAGUAGUUCCCAAUUGUUCUUAUCGUCUUGCUCUCGAGGUUUGCUGUCCAAUCCCCCAGGUCCCCCCAACCCCCCCCCCCCCCCCCACGUGCGUUCAUAAACACAAUAGGAUCAAUCAAAAAAAUCAAGAUGGGCAAAUUCUUCUUUUGCAUAAGCAUGUUUAGUCUAAGCUGAUGCUUGCUGUGUGGGGGAUACUAAAUGAUAGCGCGUGCAGGAACAUGCUUGUUUCCGCUCACGGUCGAGCAUUGCCAAGCUCCACUGUAAUCGGGUACUGUUUCUGCAUCCAGUGUGCGCUGCUGCCUUUUUGCCUUCAAGGCUUUCGUGGUGUUGUGCCAAGUAGAGCGACACACUCCAGCGGUGUGUGCAAUGUGGCGUUCAUUUCAAGUUUACUGUGUCUGGGCUCGCACUUUACAGACUCCUUGAUGGGGGAAAUGUGCGUGUACACGCGUUUACGUCAAAUUAGGUGAAGAAUAUGAAUUUUUAUUUGUGAUGAACUAUUAAAUAAUAAUGUAAAAAUGCACGCCCAUCGAUGUGAUCCAUGGCUGUGGCGUUGCUGCUCCUCUAUCCACUGAUGCGGUGGGCCAACGUGUUACCAUGGUAACCACGUUAUCAAUUUGAAGCUUAAAGCCAAAGCUUAAGUAGACUCAUGAAUCACUUAUUGAUGACGAUAAAAUGUUUGUGUACAAUGUGUAACUUUUUGAAAUUGUAUCAUCAACUUGUUCUGAACAUAUGAAUGAAAUGUAUAUAUGGGUUUUAAAAAGAAAGGUCAUGCAUAUUUAAUUUUAUCAAUGAUUGUUUGAAUGUAAUUUAAUGGGGUUAACAAUGAUUCCGCAAUGCUGGGUGUUUGCACGAGUGUGUGUGUUGCCAGUUGUUCCGUCAUGUAACAAAGAUAAGCUUUGGAAAUUAAAAUGACUUGAUGGUGUGAUAAA